CUACGGGGCAGGUUGUUAAAUACGGCAGCAUACGCGGCGUAUACGUAACGUGGAAAAGGACAAAAUUAUUUCGUGUGAGUCAAGUGAAGGUGCACCGCUGUCUUUUCACCGAAACGUGGCAUUCCUUAACCUAUUUCCCCCAUCAAUUAGAAACACUACGAAAGCCAUACUGACUCACCGUUUUGGUGUUUUGUUGUGACAUAAAAAAAAACCUAUUAGAUUUCUUGCAAAAACAAUUGGCGUAAACAAAACGUGUGUCCAAAGGCACACUGGAAGGGACAUCUAUCGCUCUGCCUGGAAGUUGCGUCAGGCUCACGCAGCUUCCAUGAUGGUUUCGUGGGAAACUGGCGAAGCUGCUCUGCGACAUUCACCGUUCUGAGUUGGCCCCAAGUGCACGUGGGCCAGCUUUCAGUUUCGGUGCGAUUUCAACCCGACUACUAACAGCCAGACUAUUGAUAUAAAUUUCAUAAAUAAAGCCUGAAAGACAACUUGUAAUCAUCCAGCCAAUUUUCCUCCCCCCAAGUGCGUGCGUGGAGCCCUGUGAUUCGGCUUUUGUGUGCAACUUUCUACCGUGUAAUUGAAAUUAAUGAUCAUUGUGCUGUGGGUGGCUGUGUAAUUCCGGUUUCUCUCGUCGAGAAUAACACUAAUGUCUUGCAUUGAAUCUUAAAGGAAUCAACGCACUUUGCUUUAUUAAUGCGUGUCACCCAAGGGAAGAAUAUCACUCAAAGUUUAGCGAAUUUCAUUUCACAAAUUGACGAGUGACAGCCAGGUGUGAAAUAUUGUCCAGGGAAAAUGGCAAAUGUUUUCCUUUGAGAAUCAAAAUGCAAAAUUGAUUGCAGCUCAUCAGCGGCAAUUUAGAAACGAACCUAAUACAGCAUGCGAAGGAAAAAGAAAAGUGUAAUGAUAGCAAGGAUAACAAGGAACCCAAUCCGACUUUAGUGUGCCAAUAGUGUGCCCCGUUCGAAAUGCUGUUAGUGUCGUGUUGUUCGUGUCCAUGUUGUGAUUACAUAAUGAGACGCUGCUGAAAGUCAAAGUCAAAGGAGAAGUUACCCCGAGUGCCAAGAGUGCCAAGUGUAUGAAAGCCAGAGGCAAGCAAAUAUCUCAACUUGCCGCCAAGUAACUAAGCCGAAAGCAAAAGGGAAAAACGGCAAACAGAAACGGGACUUUGCCAUCCAUAUCCAUCUGGUAGGACCGAGCGAGAAGCGAAAGAAGCCUGAGGAUGCCCUUCGGCCGCAAGUCACCGCUAGAGGCUCUGGCCCUACCCGGCGUGAUGCUCGCCUACAAAUACAGCCAGUUUCGCCAGCGCCGCCGGGAGGCCGCCAGCCGACGGGUCACCGAGCGCGAACUUUCGGCGCUGCACCAUAAAAUCGAUAAACUGCUUAGCAAACUAGAGGAGGAAAGUGAACCGGAUCCACCCACAUCGCAAGAGGAUGAAUGUGUGAUCUGCAUCAAUGCCCGGGCCACCAUGCAGACCUCUCCAUGUGGCCACCGUGUCGUCUGCCGUCGUUGCUUUGUAAAGACGAUCCAGAGUGCUGUGGCCCAACGGCUACUGCCUCUUCGCUGCGUAAUUUGCCGAGCACGAGUGAACCGCUUGACUUCGUCCUCGGGUACAUGGAGGAUUCAGGAGUCGGCCAGCAGUUACUCGAUGGGUGCCAAAAGUUGGGCAUCCGCCGGAGUGGCCGCCGGCGGUGUUGUGCCCUCGGCCAGCUCCUACUCGAUGAACGAUGCGCACAGCGGGCACCACUCGUUCCACCAGCCCACGUUGCACAAGUCGGCGGUGGGGCGACACCAUCCGCACCAUUAUACGCCACGAGGUUCAGCCCAUGCUCGAGUCUCCCAAUCGGACAGCCUGUACUCGAUGAGCUCAACAGGAUCAGCGGCUUCGUCGGCCUCUGGCUAUUCGCACUACUCAAAGACGUCUUCCAUAUCGAGCAAUGGUCCCUGCUCACCAGCCUCGCCGGCCGUGGCUUCCAGCUCCAGCAAUCACCUGGCACCGCCAUCGCCUACGACUCAUCAUCAUACACAUGGUUUGGCCUCACCCACUCCGUCGGGCUCAUCAGGCAGUUCCCUUUCACCUCGGGAAAAUGGAACCUCGCACUCGCAUCAUGGUGGUUGCCCAAUUGGUUGCUCUGGUGCAGUGCCAAGGAAACCGCUGCACACGCUCACCAACAGCACCUCCACUCCCGUUUCUGCUUCAUCCUCCAACGGCAGUGUUGGUGGAGGAGUGAGUGGAAAUGGAUCCAGCGGAAUGAUGACGCCCACGCAUACGUAUCCAGGACGAAGACAUGUAAAGAACCGACUGAUGGACAUCCAGAAUCGCCUGCCGCCUAUCAAGGAGUUCCGCAGUCCGGCCAAAGUGCCGCAUCCCUCGCCCGUGCACGUCAGCAAUCCCAGAUUUCGCUACUCCACAUAUACGAAGUCCAGUGCCCAUGAGCUGGCUCCAUUGUUGCGAGAAUCUACAUCCUCACCUCCGCCACGUCGCCCCAGCCCGAUGAACAUCCAGCUGAGCUGCUCCGCACUGGCCCCGCCCCCUUUGAAAGCGGGCGGGGCAAAGAUCUGCCCGCUAACCUCGAAAAACUCGCUGCCCAAAAACGCUUACGUGAUGCCCAAGGACAAGAAGCAGCCAGCUUCUGCUCCGCAAGGGAAAACAACUGGUACUGCCUCCAAGUCAACUCCACAAGGAGCAAGUGGCUCGAGGGCCUCUGCAGGAUGCGCUGGCAACAAUGCCGGAACAACAGGAUCCGGUUCGGCUAGUAAUCCCAAGCCCACGUCAAGCUCUUCCAGUCGCAGUUUUCCGCUUUUCUCCGCCGCCAGCAAUCAGAGAGAGAAGGCUGACAAUAAGAAAAACGAGUCUGUUGAGCGCAAGAAAAAGGAGGAAAAGCUCAAGCUAAAGGCUGAGAAGGAAGCCAGAAAGGAGGAGAAGCGACUGGCCAAGGAGGAGGAACGUCUGGCCAAGCUGCAUGCCAAGGAGGAGAAGAAACGUGGCAAGAAGGAGGCCAAGGAGCUUCUACUAGCCAACGAUGGUAACAGCAAGAAGUGAAGAAAAGUAAAAAGUGAUGUGAGGAAACCCAAUUAGCCAGCAAAAACGCAUAUUUCCAGUUGCAAUUCUAGACGUAAGACCAUCACCAAAGUACCCGUAACCGUACUAUAUCAAACUAGAUCAGAUUGUAUCGGAUCGUAUCAGAUCGCCAUCUCAACACACAAAUUAACAUACCCAUAUGAAACGAGCUUGAUUGUAUUUUUAGGAUAAUAUUUUGUGAGUUAGCCAUUAAUCGUUUCUAUAAGUUUCUAAUCAAAGAUAUUAAAGCCAAAUAUUAAGAAAAAAAAACAAGACAGGAAAACUAAAUAACUCUUUGAGUAUACACAACUUAUAAAGAGAUUAUGUUUUAUACAUUUCAUUUGUUAGAUAAAGUAUCUUAAGUCAUUAAGCUUUCCUAACUUUCCUUGCUUUUCAUGCUGUUAACUAUGCCAAACCUUUGUAUUAACGACAAACCUUUGGCAAGCACUGAUUUAUACACAAAUUCUUUGCCUUUAUUUAAUACUUAGUUUUAAGCAGAAACUUCCACUUAGUUUUCUUUACUAACCACUUUCAUAACUCUUCACCGACUAGAGAUAUGAUAAGAAUAUGAUGAAUAUUGCUGCCUUUCGUUCGACAACAUUGCCACAGUCUCAAGCUCAGCUCAUCUCUAUCAUUAUCAAUUAAAAGGUUGUUGAAACAAUUUCAAUUUGAACAGAUUCUGAUGGAUAUAUCCGUAAUAGAAGUUUUUACUUUCAAGUUUCCAAUAACUAGACUACUAAACAGGAUACCCUUAAUUAGAAAGAGAGAGAACCUCAACUUGAGAUAUAGAACCAUGACCACUCUAUGGCAAGCCAAUGUUAGAGCCAAGCUUUAGCAAAACGUAAGCCCAGAAUCCGGAUAUAUUAAUAACAAUAUAUGUACUAACAGUAUGUUAACAUGUUGACUAACAAAUUACAAAAACAAAAACAAGCGAGAGAGCAUAUUAAAGUAGUUUUCAUAUACCCCUCUAUAUAUAUUAUAUAUAUAUACAUAUAUAUAUAUCUGUAUCUGUAACUAAAUCUAUAGAAUCCAUACCUAUAUUGGAAACUGUUCAAACGGCAAACAUAAGCAAUGUUUCGAUGUAUGUAUGUGUAUAUGUGUUACCAGGAUUGUUUUAAAAACAGAAAAAGAUAUUUUCCCGCAAAUAGGGGAAAAAACGAAGAAAAACCCCAAUAAAGAAUCAAUUAUGUUGAAGACGUC